AUGUCUUUCCAAUCUCCAAAUGAUUCAGAUGAUUCUGAGGUAUCACUUCAUUCAGAUGCCUCAGAUUCAUCUAAGACCCACAAACAGAAGAAAAAGAGAUCUGCACUCAAAGAAUAUUUUUCAAAGCAGAUUGAGUCGACAAGUUGGGAUCAGGGUAGAACUUCACCACAGAAUAAAUCUUAUUCAGAAAGUUUAUUUCGAAAGAGAUUUAAAAAGCUAAUUCAUAAGAAUGAAGUUAUACAGAGUCCAGCUGUAUCAUUUAAAAAUGCAACAAAUCAUUCUGGUAGUGAUGAUGAGAACUCCGUUCAAACUAUCUUCCCAGAGAAGUUACAGCCGUCUCAAGACAAAUCAGAUGAUAAUAUAAAUGUUGUGUUAAACAGAAAAGAAUCAAAAAGUGAUGAUGAUGAUGAACCAGAGGAUAUUGAACCAGCAAUCGAUGCAUUGGAUGAAAUUCAUCCCAUUUUAGGUCAAACUGCAUCAACAAAUUUAAUUUCAAAUAUUUCUUCAAACCAUUCUAGUGUAGUAAAUAAUUCAAGAACUCAAUAUUCAUGGAAUUAUACCAGUAUUUUUCUUAUGAUAUUAUUAUCUUUGAUAAUUAUUAGUGCAUUUUUUGGUGCUCCAUUAUAUUUUAUUACAUUAAUCAUUGGUAUAAUGAUUCCUAUUUGUACGAAUAUGAUUUUCAAAAAAGUUAUAGAUUUCAUUAAAAAGAAACUUUAUAUACAAGGAAGUGGUCCUGAGAAGACUGAAUUUAUUUUGCCAAAAUAUAAUGAAAUGAACAUUCUGGAAGUUCCUUCAGUUGAAGAAUAUCAAGUGCCAAAAACAUAUGAGGGUUGGAUUAAUCUAUAUCCUCACUUUUCUUACGACCCAGAAACCUACCAUUUAUCAGAUACUAUUCCAGUAUAUGUAAAGAUCAAAGGUAAACAUUUGAUUGUAUAUUACACUAAAAAUCAUGUAGCUAGACGAACAACUUAUAAUGAGCCUGAAUUGAAGUUAAACAUAACAUCAAGUGUAGUUUAUAAUUUAAAUAAUGCGAAAGUGUCUCUUCUUCCUGAUGGGCUAGCAAAAAUUCGACAUUGGAGCAAAAAAUAUCCUAUAUGUAUAGAAAUUGAGAACACAACUGUAAAGAAUGAUGAUGUUUUUACUAACGAAGAUUUUUCAUUGGAUAAUACUAUAACUAAUUUAGAGAAAGAUGACUGCAGUGAUUCUACAACAACUAAUACCUUUCAUGAUAACACACAAGAAGAUGAAUUUAAAGAUGUUGAAGAUUAUGAAGAAAAUACAUGUGCUAGAAAUUCAGUGUCAUCUUUAGGUGAAGAUAUAGAAACCAAUUCAGAUAAUUCACAUUUAAAAGAAGAUAGACAAAGGCUGUUGUUAUUUGCUCGUGCCAAUCGAGAGAAAUAUGACUGGUAUUUGCGAAUACUCUCCACAAUAAAAUUACUUUCUGUGAAAAAUAAUGAUAAGGAAUCAAAUGUCAAGUGUUCAGAUGAUCGAGCAUCAGGAAGUGAGUCAAGCCAAGAUGAAACAAAGCAAAUAGAAAAGAAAGAAAGUAGUCAAAAUAACAAUAUCGGAACCAGUGAUGUGGAUUCUAUAUCUACAAAUAGUAAAUCUGGUGACUUUGAGAAUGUUAUAGCAGAAGAUGCAUCCAAAAACAAUGUAUCUCUAAUGGGUGACCAACAAUAUUUGAAAUACAUGGGUUAUUUUCUACAUGGAGACCAUAAAGAUGAUACAAGUGAAAUUAGCAGAGAUUUUAAUCUAUCGAUAUCUAAAGAUGUUCUCUGGUUUAAUGUAUUAGCUGGAAGAGUGCUUUUGGGUAUUUUAAAUGAUCCUGGGUGGAUUAUGAAGAUUCAAGAACGAAUCCAAAAAAAACUUUCUACAAUUAAGUUGCCUUAUUAUAUAGAUGAGCUGGAAUGUUCAGAACUUAGUUUAGGCGAAACACCACCAAAGAUACACCGUGCUUCUAAGCCCGUUAUGAAUGAAAGAGGUUUAUGGGUUGAUUUAGAUGUCACGUAUGAAGGUCUAGUCACUCUAGUCUUAUCUACAAAAUUAAAUCUCAUGAAGUUAAAAAAAAUUAAUGCAGCAGACACUGUGGAUACUAAUGAUCCAUGUCAAAGUUCUAAAUUUCAAAAUCAGAAAGCAUCUGCAAUUUACAAUAGUGAUCUAGAAGAUAGUGCAGAUAGUUCAACAUCUGAUGAUCAAGUUCAAGAUACAAAUUCAGAUAAAACAUUUUCAUUAGGUUCUAUAUCCCCAACACCCAGAAAGCAAAAUAACAAAAGCUUUUUAAAAGUUGUUGAUCAAGUUGCUGCCUCAAAGUUUUUCCAACAGGCAACAGAAAAUAAAUUCGUGAAAAAGGCUUUAGUUGCUGUAAGCAAUAGUCAGUUACGUUUACAAGUAGAUUUUCGUGGACUAAUUGGGGAAUUAGUUCUGAAUAUUCCAAAUCCGCCUUCGGAUAGAUUGUGGUUUGGUUUUCGGAAACCCCCACGCAUUUGGCUGACUGUUCAUCCAGCAUUCGGUGAGAGAAAUGUAAAUUUCACGUACGUGACGAACUGGAUAGAGAAAAAAAUUUGUCAAGAAAUUGUUAAAAAUUUAGUACUUCCCAACAUGGAGGACCUAAUUAUUCCUAUCCUCUUACCCCAGACGUAGUUGCUAAAAUGAACUUUAAAAUAAAUGAUAACGUUAUGGAAGUUGCAUUUAUGUUAUUUUGUUAAUAAUGUUUGUUCAACUCCUUAUGCAUAAUGUUAUCUUUCAUAAUUUUUAUGCUCAUCAGUACAAUGUUUCGUUAUAUUUUAAUAACGUUAUUUUAUUUUGAAUCUACUAAAUAACUUUUAA